AAUAGCCGUGAGGUAAAUUUCAACAGAUGACGACGUCUUUAGGCGAAAAAAUCAUUGAAAUCUUUACAAGAACCCCUUGAAAUGCCGAGUGUUCGAAUCAAAGAAGCUUAUCAGAAUACUAAGCAUGUCAUUGAUGGCAUCGAGUUGAGCUGGAGAGUUGAGGAAUUGAAGGAAAAGGCAGCAGAGAAGACGAACAUACCGAUUAACCAGCAGAAUUUUAUAUUUGCUGGAGAACUGCUAAAGGAUGACAAAACUCUGGAUUCUUAUGGAAUCAAAGAUGGAUUUACAAUUUAUGUGAUGAUAAAGAACCCGGAACCAGAACCAAUAGAACUUGAUUCUGAUGAUGUACCAAUCACUGAGGUGAUCCCUGUCUUAGAGGCAGCUAUAAAGAGCCCUUCCUACAGAAAUACAGUUGAAAAGAUUCUUACCAAUCCAGACAUGCUAGAACAACUGACUGUAGCCACUCCAGGAUUAUCAUCUGAUCAUGUUGCUAUGACCCUUCUUCAAGAUCCUGAGCUUCUUGGACAACUUGUACAAACAGCAAAGGUUGAGACAGUAAUACAAGAACAUCCAAGCCUGGUUCAGGCAGCUUCUUAUAUCGCUGCAGCAAUUGCCAAGGAGGGAGGGGAAGGUAGGCAUUCCACCAGGAAUCACAUGGUUGGAGACAGCUAUGAUUCUGAUGAUGACCUGCGAGGCAUGGAUCCUGGGCUUGUUGCUCAAGCUGAACUAGUGGCAGCAAAUGAAGAGCGUAUCCAGGCAUUAAGAUCAUCUGGGGCUUCAAGAGGAGCAUCAUCAUCUCGGCAACCUGUCACGUCAUCAUUAUUGUCAUCUGCUUUAGCUAAUGCAGGAAUCUCUCCAGGUUCCUCAGCACACAUUGAAGCUGGCCCAUCCACAAGCAGAGGUGCUUCAACAUCAGGUUUCUCAUCGACAGCAGCGGCUGUCCCAUCCACAAGUAGAGGUACAGGAGCCUCAAGUUCACGACCAACCAUUACAAGAGAUAUGGUCAGUGAAGCUAUGGCAUCUGUUAUGAACAUUUCUCAGCAAUCCUCUCAGCUUCAGUCUCAAUUACAGCAACUCAGAGAUAUGGGAAUCACAGAUGAUACACUCAGUAUCCAGGCUCUCACUGCCACAGGUGGUGACGUCCAAGCUGCCCUUGAUUUGAUAUUUGGGGGAUUAUAAACUCAGAUAUCUCACUUCUGUAUCUGAGUUUCAUGUCUUUUAAAUUUAAGUACAAACAAACAAACCCAAUAGUAUACAGAUUUUUUCUGAGCAACUUAAUUUUACUUUUGGGUGGUUCAUUGCUCUUUGUCCAAGUGGCUUUUGUUUAAAAUAGUUCUGUCAAACUUUUGACCUUUGUGGAGUGUAGUGUUGGUUGAGGCCAGUGUGGUACCAUAUAUAGGUCAAGUGCUAGCUAUCUUCUGCUACUGAAUACCAUUUAAGAUAAAUUUUGGUUUAAAAUGGUCACAAAAAGAAACUUAAAUCACCUAGGAAGCUGCUAUGGUUUGGGAAGGUGUGAGUUGUUGGACACUUUGAUUUGUGACUGCUUAGGAAAUGCAGAUAUUAUUUAUAAGCAUUCAUCUUCUCAAGUUAGUCACUGCCCCCACAUAAUUAAGAUGUGAAAAGAAAAACUAGCAAAACUAGUAGCAUUGAAGGUUAAGAGUAAAUUAAUGUUCAAAAUAAGUAGGAAAAUGUAACUCAAACUAAAACAUGACCAGAAUCUUUAAAGGUACUUUUUAAUAUAAAUAACACACAAUGUUGUAGCUGCAAUAUGUCUUUUUUUCCAGCUAGUACCCUUCGUUUAAGCCAAUAUUAUAUCCCUGCUAUUUAAGAUUUUAUGUUAAAUGACAUUAUUUUUAUUCUACAACCAUUGAGAGUAUUAACUGUGGAUAGACUAUCACAGGUCUGGAACAGUUUUGUGACACUUUUGUUACACUGUAAAUUAACUUUUAUACAGCACAAGGAAACAGUUUUCUAGUGACAUAUGACUUGAACUGAAUGCCUUAGUACAAUAGUUUUUUAUUUGAAACUCAAUUCAUUGGCCCCACAUACUUCAAGCCUAACUGAACAGUUACCAUCAGUAGUUGCAGGCUGAAAUUGUACAUUGCUUUAUUCACCCAACAUGAAGGGUUUCAGAAUUUUGGAAAUUUAGAAUAUGUUGGAACUCAAUCAUGAUCUGAAAAAAUGAAAAUUUAUUUGUAUAAAACAAUAAAUAGUUUGAAUGUUGCAGUUUUUCUUCAA